AUGCAUCUUCCCCUAGAGAGCCUGCUUGAUGCAUGGGCAGAGGACACUGUGGUGACCGAGGUAAGGACUCUUAAAACAUGGCUGGUCAAUUCAGCAGCUUACUGUACAGACGUUAUUUCAUUUUUUACAACCUGUGAUGUUAACUUAUAGUCUGACCACAUGCUGACAGACAACCGUGUACAUGACCUGAUUUCUCUGGUUAACGUAUUUGGACAAAUCCACAGUGCAGGACUUGAGUGAUUCGUAAGUCAAUAGUAAACUGUCAUGAGAGACCACACUAAAUCAUCCAAUGACUCAUUCAACACUUCAGGAAUCUUCAGAGAGAGACCACAAGAUUAUGGAGGCUAUCCACAGACUCAUGACCAAGAUCCAAGACAGGAAGUUCCAACUGGGGGACAUCAACAGUAGACUAGAGGAGGAACUGAAGGGCAUGCGUUCCAUGUUGGCCAGUACUAAAUCGAACGUUGCACUUAAAGUACAGGGC